AUGGCGGAGGGAAGCGACAACCUCUCACCAGUCGCGACGACCCCCGCGAUCGCCAACCCCCUCAGAGCCUCGACAUACCCCGCCGGCUCGGCCACAUCAGAGAUCCCAUCGGGCUCAACCCAAAGUCUGCAAGAUGCCCGGAAACCCAAUCGCUCACCGGUCAUUGGUGGCCCGGUGCGAGAAUCCACCUGGAAUAGUCCCCUCGAGGCCAAGACCGAGUCAAGUGCUAUAGAUCCAUUGUCGCAGCACAUUAUCCAACGGACCAAUACCCAAAAAUCAAUUCCUCUCAAAUUACUUGGGAGGGCGUCUUACGAAGCAGAGGCUGUGGGCUCCGAGUACGGCCAGUCAGAACAAAGUCAACCACUGGGGGAUUCCACGUCUACGAAGGGCCCCAAGGAGAAGAAAAAAGUCGUCUCAUUCUUCAGCCGAAUCAUUGGAGGCAAGAGAAAGGAUCAAGUCUCUGAAGCGGAAGAUGAUCUCUCGGAACCAGAGGCGAGCCGCAUGUCCGUCGACGCUUCCCAUCCAAUUGGAUUCAUACCUCGGCAUCCUGCUCCAUCCAAGUACUUAAAGGUGCGGGCUCAUUACAAAAAGGUCAAGACGUUUGAUCGCGUAUUCUUGGCCCAAGAACUGGAGGGCAGCGGUCCGUCGCCGAAAGCCGCAGAUAGACGGAUAUCCGGGUCCUCCGCUUUGACGAACAAUGGCGAGAAUACCGGAAAGGCCGUUUGGGCACUCAUGUUUUCUAAGGAUGGUAAAUAUCUCGCAGUGGCCGGCCAAGAUCGCAAGGUUCGAGUAUGGGCGGUCAUCUCCACGCCGGAGGAACGUGAGGAAAGCAACGGAGAUGCAGAGCCCACGCCCGUCGACGCGCAGGAGCCUCCCAGGUUAAAUGCCCCUGUGUUUCAAACUAAGCCUGUACAGGUAUAUGAGGGGCACACGGGUAGUAUAUUGGACCUGAGUUGGAGUAAAAAUAACUUCCUUCUGUCCUCGUCUAUGGACAAAACGCACAGUGAUUUUGUGACCUCAAUCCAAUUCCACCCCCGUGACGACCGGUUUUUCCUUGCUGGUUCUCUCGACACAAAACUGCGACUCUGGAGCAUCCCAGACAAGAGCGUGGCUUUUGUGACUGCUGUACCCGACAUGAUCACGGCAGUAGCAUUUACUCCAGAUGGGAAAUACUCCAUUGCCGGGUGUUUGAAUGGUAUGCUUAACAUUUAUGACACAGAGGGCUUGAAAGUAUCGUCGCAGAUUCAUGUGCGAUCAGCCCGUGGGCGCAACGCCAAGGGUAGCAAGAUCACGGGAAUUGAUACGAUGGUGAUGCGCAAGCAUGACUCUCAGGAUGAAGCCGAGGGCGAUAUCAAGCUACUGGUUACGAGCAACGACUCGCGCAUCAGGUUGUACGACUUCCACGGCCGGACCUUGGAGGCCAAGUUCCGCGGCAAUGAGAACACGUGUAGCCAGAUCAGAGCGACCUUUACCCAUGAUGGCAAGCACAUAAUCUGUGGAAGUGAGGACCGCAGGGCUUACGUGUGGCCAAUUGGACCGUUGAAUGGAGAUUCUGAAAAACGGGCUGUGGAGGUAUUCGAGACGCAAUCCGCCAUGGUGACAGCUGCAAUCACAGCCCCAACCCAAACGAAACGAAUUCUGGCGCUGUCAGAGGACCCGAUAUUCGACAUCUGCAACCCGCCUCCAGUGGCUCUCGUCGGUCCAGAGAAUACUCGCUCACUGAAAAAUGCAAGCGCAGGAAAGGAGAAUGGAGAGCUACACAAGCGCUCUGUAUCAGCACCUCGCCACUCCAUAAUCAGAAAAAUGGCACACGAAUCGCCCACAUACCUCGCACGGUCCGAGCAUCCAGGCGGAGACAUAAUUGUCAUUGCUGAUUACUCCGGCAAGGUCAAAGUGCUCCGACAGGAUUGCGCAUAUCAAAAACGCCGGUCCGAGAACUGGGACGCCAACACCAUCUCACGCCGCAUCCUCCGACGCUCAAACUCCGCCCGUCGCAGCGUCGCCUCCCUCGGCAAAGAAUCCUCCCACAAAACACCAUCCGAGCGCAUAAUCUCCUGGCGCAACUCUGUCGUCCGCCACCACCGCUCCAGCACCGAUGGCUCCCGCUCCGGACUCCGAACCCGCAGUCCAUCCCCCCAACACCGCCAAGCAAGCUUCAAACUGUCCGUAUCCCGACCCUCAAGCCUGGGCCCCCAAGAAUCCCUCUCCGCCUUUACAUCCCCACCGCCAUCCCCGCGCCGCUCCCGCCUCGACACCACCCGCACCGGAGCACACGGAAAUGGCAACGUUCCUGCCAACCAACCACGCCCGGGAGUCGCUGCAUCAUCCGCAGAUCUGCUAGCCAACGGCGAGGUAGAUAAUAAUCCCCUCUGGCUACAGGGCGACCACAGCUACGCGUACUGGAAUAAGAUCACGCACGACGCCUUGGCCAUGCACUCUCGGAACUCGAAUGACUUGCUCCGUCCGACUACCAAUACUUCGCGCGAGCGCAAGAUAAGUGUCUCGGGUAGUAUCCUGAGUAGCGAUUACUCCUCCGUUGGUGAUACCGAGGACGAUGUAUUGAAGUGUGAUAAUUGUCGCGGGACGAGCUUCCGCAGUGUCAAGGGUCGGGACGGGAAGCAGAAGCUGAUCUGUUCGCAGUGUCAUCGACCUGUUUCUUGA